AUGGAUAAUUUCUUCACUGAUAACCGCUACGCACUCCCCUCUUUUAUUCUGUUCAUAUCUAAGUCUAUUCAUAUCUAUCUAUCUAUCUAUCUAUCUAUCUAUCUAUCUAUCUAUCUAAGUCUGUUCAUAUCUGUCUAUUCAUAUUCAUCUAUCUAUCUAUCUAUCUAUCUAUCUAUCUAUCUAUCUAUCUAUCUAUUUAUCUAUCUACUAAGUCUGUUCAUAUCUAAGUCUAUUCAUAUCUAUCUAUCUAUCUAUCUAUCUAUCUAUCUAUCUAUCAAGUCUGUUCAUAUCUAUCUAUCUAUCUAUCUACUAAGUCUGCUCAGAUCUAUCUAUCUAUCUAUCUAUCUAUCUAUCUAUCUAUCUAUCUAUCUAUCUAUCUAUCUAUCUCCAGUCCGUCUGAAAAACCUUUUUCCCUUCCUUUCUACCUCGUCUAUUUUUUUUUCUCAGCAACUUUCGCGCCUUCAUUUCCCUCUUCUGCCAAUGCCUUUCUCUCGGCCCUUUCAUGAAGACUUUCUUUUCUAUUCUCUCCAGUUAAAGACCAUUUUUUUUGUAAGUAAAGAUUCUCUUCAGAUCUUUCUCCUUACGAAUCGAACAGACAGCUACUUAAUCGUCUUUCAGAUCUGA